CCUAGCAGACUCAUGGCACAACGUUUAGCCCUUUCAUACUAUAAAAACAACACCCAACACAUUUUUAAACGUAAGACGAGAAGAUCCAUAUCUUAUCACAGUUCCAACAAAACAUACCAUCGUCCAUGGCAACCCACAUAUCUCUAGUGAAAACUCCGCGCCGAUUUCUCUUCAUCGCGUCAAUUGGAAAUCCCCGUCCUUACCGCCAAACUCGUCACAGCGCCGGACAUAUCCUCCUCGAUGCCUUAAUACCUCUUUUACCCAACAGGUUUCCCUUGGUAUCCACCAAACACCAGCCAUCUGCCGGGCCCCUGUUCUAUCGAACGUGGUAUAGCCCAUCAUAUAUGAAUGAGUCGGGUCCGAAGCUUGUCCGACAACUGAGGAACUGGAUAUCAACGACACAGACCGAGGUAUUGGGAAAGGUGAUCAUGAAGGGAAAUGUGGCGCUCCCUAAGUCAAUCGAGGUCGCAGAUUCCGAAAACCCCGAAUGGCAGCAUCGUGGCAUUGACCCUCAGUCGCUGAGAUUUUUAGCUCCCACCCUGGUGAUCCUCCACGAUGAACUGGAGGCGCCUUUGGGGAAAGUCAGAGUAAAACGGGGCGGGCCUGAAAAGGCCAGUUUGCGUGGCCACCGAGGUUUGACCAGCAUCAUGGAGAGUCUGCGGGGGAAAGGCUUGCACCCACCGCGUACAAGUCCUGGCGAAACUCGUCCGCAUGAAGACCUUUCUGUAUUGCGAAUAGGGGUCGGGAUUGGUCGUCCAUCCACCCGAAACCGAGGCGAUGUUGCAGACUAUGUUCUCACGGAAAUGAAUGCCACUGAGUUGGCUGCAGUACGAGCAGCAGCUGGACCGGUGAUGGACAUUUUAGCAGACGAAAUAUAUCGUGAUGGUAGCUCGCUGUGAUAUUCGUGAAUAACUGGUGGGCUGUAUGCAGUUAUCGCUGAUGCUAAAAUAUUGUACAGAUAAAUAGAAUCGUAUAGACAGAUACCCAAGACUAGCACUUUUAAGACACAAAUCGCACCAGCGAUGUCUGAAAAUUCAGUGAAGAGGUUCGUUUGCAUGUCCAUAUGCCGCACCAUUCCAUAAUUCGGAGCCAUUACCAUCAGG